UGAAACACAACUCUGCAAUCUCUGCACUAGCCAGUGGCUCUGCAACGAGAUAACAUAUUUUUUUUACCGUUGAUGAAUCAAUUAUCAUGCUCCGUGAUGAUUUGUAGUUAGUGUUUAUCAAAGCAAGUGAUUCACAAUAAAUUCUUUUUCUAAGCUUAGUAUCAAGAAAUAUAUCUCCGACAAUGGAGGAGAUGUCAGAAUCGUCUGAUACGAUGAAAACUUCCAUAAUUCAAACUGAUGCCAUGUCAGCUUUGGCGACAACAAUGGAUAACUUAAGUUGCUCAAAUGACAACGGAAAUAAUGUAAGCAAUAGUGAUAAAACAAACAGUGAGGAGACGAACAUUAAUAUCGAAGAUCGUUACAACAAGCUCAGAGGAUUUGCUGUCAAACUCAAGAAAAAGGUAUCCGAUUUGAUGGAACAAACACAAAAACUUGAGGCUGAAAAUCAAAAACUCAGCAAUGACAAGGAAGAGCUGCAAAACAAGAUACUACGUAUGUCAGACAGUGCCAAAAAGUUGCAGACCAUUCAGACCCAGUAUGACAAGUUGCAAGAUGAUGCGGAAUUGAUAAAAAAUGAAAACAAAAGACUGAUUAAGCGUUUUGAAACACUUGUUCUUGAAAAUGAUUCAUUCAAAGAUAGCAUUAUGAAAGAAAAAAAGCAAGUUGAACAAGUAACUGCUAAAAUAACAAGCCUUACAGAAGAGAAAGUUAAAUUAGAAAGCACUUGUGAACAGCUCGAAAAAAAAAUUAAAGAUUUAAAUAGUGAGCUCAAAGCUGAAUUGAUGAUUCGGCAGCAAAUAACCAAAGAAUAUGAAGAUUUGAAAAACUCAUUGGAGGCCGAAGUUAAAGCUCACAAAUCAACCAAGACCCGUUUGGAUGACAUGAAACAUAAUAAGACAAGCAAUAAUGUAUUAUCCUUAGAAGUAGCGAAUUAUGAAAAAAGUGUUGAAACCAUUAAAGCAAAACUUGAUGAAGAAGUAAACGAAAGGAUUAAGUUGGAAGCAACAGUAAACCAACAUUUAGAAACUAUUGAUGUUUUAAAUGCCAGGGUAUCAGAACUCCAAGAUUCUUAUGUAGCUAAAUCAAAUCGUGUUACUACACUUGAAGAAAAAAAUCAAACUUUAGAAUCAGAGGCACGUGAAGCCAAACUUGAAGUUUCCAAGGCCAUAAAUGAAAAAGAGUCUUAUGCUAGAGAAGCUAGACGCUUAGAAACAUCUAAAAGAGACUUGGAAGCUAAAGUCGAACUUUUGACUUCUGAAAUGGCAAAGCUAGAGGAAGAAAAUAGAUCCCGAAUAAAAACAGCUCAAACUCUUAUUGAUGAAUUCAAACGUGAAUGUUCUCGACUCAAUUUAGCAUUAGAAAAUAGUAAACGAGAGACAAACACUUUGCAAGAGGAAUUUGAAAGUUACAAAUUGAGAGCACAAAGUGUUCUUUUAAAAACGAAACACGUUCCAAAUAAUGAAUUGGAAGAGGAAGUCGAACAUUAUAAAAGAGAGAUCAUUCUAUUAACUGAAAAGUGCGAGUUAUAUAAAGAGAAGACGGAAUCUUUGAUGAGAGAAAUUGUGCUUUUAAGAGACGAAAGAAGUAGAGUAACUGCUUCUGAAGAAGAACUAAUGGCGAAACUGUCCAUUUUGAGGAAAGAUUCGAUCGCUCUCCUGGAAAAAUAUAAGAAGCAAGAAGCUGAAAUGCAAAGAUUGCAGAUUAAUCACGAAAAAACGGUCGAUAACUUAAGAAGACAGAAUGAGGAAGAAAUGGCAAAUCUGAAAAAAAGACACGAUGAAGAAAUUAAAAACAUCAAGCUUGAAGCAACUUUGAAUUCCGUAGCGCACUCUCAAACUGUGUCGGAAACUAGGUCCGCCAGUACAGUGGCAGCGUCAACGCCACCCCUUAUUGAAAGGGAAGAAUGCGAGGGUUCAGAAAGUACAGAAUCGAUACAGCUAGCAGCAAAGAACGUGGAACGCAGUCAAGGAAGAGCGAUAGAACCGGAAGCUCCGAUAACAGCUAUGACGCCGUUAGAUCAGUUGCUCGAGUUUCCGUUUGACGAGCAUGAAGUGGUGACGCAUGUGCCCAAAGACAGUCCCGAAGUGGCUGCAUAUAAAAAUCGCGUGAAACACCUAACUGAGCUUCUGGCUGACGCCGAGAGAGAUAUUGCAAAACUUACUCAACUUAAUCAGUUACUUAAAGAAGAUAUUCGUAGGCAAAAGCGCUACGUCGAGAGGGAAAAGGAGGCAGUGAACUUUGAGUAUCUUAAAAACGUUGUUUUUAAGUUUGUAACGUUAGAAAAUCGAGAUGAGCGAAGUCGGCUAGUUCCAGUGCUCGAUACAAUACUUAAAUUGACACCAGAAGAAACUCAGAAACUCAAGAAACUUACGAAAUCAUUGUAACUAAGGAGGUAAGCUUUCAAAAAAUUUGUUUUACUCGGUUUUAGACGUUUUUACGUAAAAAUAAUUAUCAACACUAUUUAAAUCGGCCUUAUAGUCAUACAUAUCAAAGUCAUUAUUUUGAUUAUCUAAUUUUUAACAAACAACGUUGCUUUUGGCUACGUAUUUCAAAUCAAGCAUACAACUAGUUGAAUAUUUGUGUUGGUAAAAACAUCUGUUUAUCUUUUUUGCGAAAAAUGUCACUUUCUCAUCUUUAAACAACUACAACAAGCUAAUUGAAUUGUAAAUAUGACAUAUAUCUUUUUACUAUAAGUGAAAAAGUGCAAUUGCGGCUGUUGUAAUUAUUUGUCUUCUCUCGAUUUGUAAUAGAUGUUACAGUAUGUCAGUUACGUAGCAUUAGUAAGAAACUAAAAAAGUAGUCUUUUUUUUCCAUAAAGCAACGAAAAGAGUGUGAUGUAGGAGAAUUUUAUUAUGUACAAUUGCAUACAUUGCAUUGCAUUUUGUGAUCAAGAGUCAGUCUCUUCUCGUGAUGUACUGAUUCGACUUUGCAUAAAGUAUUUUAUUUUUGGCUACAAUAAA